AAAAUGAAAAAGAAAUGUUGUAUAAGGGAGUCUAACACUGUCUCUCAUCCUUAUGCUUCAAUGAGAGUCGCGUUUACGCAUAUCAAUACAUGUAGAGGACACAUUUGUACAAAGAUACACACUAAACUAAAACAUAUCCUGAUCAAAUCUUUGUUAUAAAUAAAAACUAAGAAGAUCUUCUUUCUUCUUUCCUUACUAACUUGUCCGAUUUUCUCAUUAGGCCAUGGCUCCUUCCGCUGCCUCUUCAAACAAUAAAGAAGGAGAAUCUGGUGAGGAAGGAUAUACUGCAUUGGAGAAACAUGUAGCUUUCUUCGACAGGAACGGAGACGGCGUCAUUUAUCCUUGGGAAACCUACCACGGAUUUAGAGCGUUAGGGCUAGGGCGUCUCCCGUCAGCUAUUGCUGGUCUCUUUAUCAACAUGGGACUUAGCAAGAAAACUCGCCCGGGGAAGGGAUUCUCGCUGUUGUUUCCAAUAGAAGUGAAGAAUAGUCACUUUUGCAUCCAUGGUAGUGUCACUGAAGCAUACGACAAGAACGGAAGAUUUGUGGAAUCGAAAUUCGAGGAGAUAUUCAAGAAGCAUGCUCGCUCACAUCGAAAUGCUCUCACUUACAAGGAACUUCUUCAAUUGCUUAAGUCUAACAGAGACCCUGGAGACUUUGGAGGAUGGAUUGCAGCAUACGGAGAAUGGAAAUUAUUAUAUGAAUUAUGCAAAGAUGAAGAUGGUUUAUUGACGAGAGAGGCAGUAAAGGGCGCCUUCGAUGGCAGCAUUUUCAGAAAAUUGGAGAAAGAACGAUUAUCUUCUUCUCAUAAGAAGAACGAAAAAAGAAGACGUUAAAUAUUUCCAAAGCCCAUUCAUCCAUCAUC